AUGGAAGAACAGGUGUUCAAGGGGGACCCUGACACCCCUCAUUCCAUCUCCUUCUCGGGCAGCGGGUUCCUCUCCUUCUACCAGGCUGGGGCAGUGGACGCCCUUCGGGACCUGGCCCCCCGGAUGCUGGAAACAGCCCAUCGCUUCGCUGGGACGUCGGCAGGUGCGGUGGUGGCAGCCUUGGCCAUCUGUGGGAUCGAAAUGGAUGAAUACCUUCGAGUCCUCAAUGUGGGUGUGGCCGAGGUGAAGAAGUCCUUCUUGGGUCCCUUAUCGCCGUCCUGUAAGAUGGUGCAGAUGAUGAGGCAGUUUCUAUACCGGGUCCUGCCUGAGGACUCCUACAAGGUCACCACCGGGAAGCUCCACGUGGCCCUCACCAGGUUCACGGAUGGAGAGAGUGUGGUGGUUUCAGAGUAUACGUCCAAGGAAGAGCUCAUUGAGGCCCUGUACUGCAGCUGCUUUGUCCCUGUGUACUGCGGCCUUAUUCCUCCAACUUACCGUGGUGUGCGGUACAUCGACGGGGGCUUCACCGGCAUGCAGCCCUGCUCCUUCUGGACCGACUCCAUCACCAUCUCCACCUUCAGCGGGCAGCAGGACAUCUGCCCACGGGACUGCCCCGCCAUCUUCCACGAUUUCCGCCUGUUCAACUGCUCCUUCCAGUUCUCCCUGGAGAACAUUGCCAGGAUGACCCAUGCCCUGUUCCCCCCAGACCUGAUGAUCCUCCACAAUUACUACUACCGAGGGUACGAAGAUGCUGUUUUGUACUUGAGGAGGCUGAAUGCUGCUUAUCUUAAUUCUCCUUCCAAGAGAGUGAUUUUCCCCCGGGUAGAAGUGUACUGCCAGAUAGAACUCGCCCUUGGCAACCAGUGUCCUGAAUGCUGUCAACCGAGCCUCCAAAGAGAGCCGGCCAGUCCAGAAGAAUCCAGACAACUUCACACACAGUGGGCUCCCAAAGGGGAUGGGAGGGGUGGCCGCAGUGCACCUCUGUCCCCACCCAUGCAGGCGCCCGAAUCCACAUGUGACUGGCCGGUGGAGGCACCUGUUUCGUCACCUGCACCACCACUAGCCUCAUCACCAUCACGUUCUCCAACUGACCUGCCACCUGCGUCACUCCCAGCUGUGCCCUUACUCCCCAGCUCAACACCUGGGCUGUCCCCUGUAUCACCAUCACAGCAGAUACAACCGACUGCAUCACCACCCAAGUCCCCGCCCCCCAAGGCCUCUGCGUCACCCAGGCCAUCCCUGGGGCUUUCCACUGCGGGGCCACCUCCGGUGUUGCCCCGACAUUCUUCUUCAGCAUCACCUGCACAGCCACCUGUGGAGGAACUGGGCCCAGAACAGCCCCGAGCUCCCUUUGCCUCUUCAAAUUCGAAAAGCACCGUGCCUCUGGCUAAUGUGAAGGAAACCGCCAGCAAACCUCACGCAGUGGAGAGCCCUGCUGAAGAAUCCAACUGGGUGAGCAAGGUAUUCAAGAAGAACAAGCAAAAGACAAGUGGCACCAGAAAAGGCUACUUCAGACAUCCACGAGCCAAGAAAACAGGCAGCAAAGUGCAGUCUGCCCCCUGCCCACUUGACUUCUCUCUGAUCUCCACCUCCGAGACAGUCUGGGUCGCCUACAAGCCUCAUCCCAGCCGCAUCCAAGAAUACAGCUGCCCUGAGGAAACUGUGAGCCGAGAGAGGAAACUUGAGCUGAAACGGGAGAGAACCUGA